UUUGCGCUUCUAGAUAGGCAAUACAUUUUACAUCAAACCUUUUCAGAAAGAAAUUCCUGUUUUGAUUUUUCUAUUUUCCUACCACCAUCUUUAGAUGGCGCCGUAAGUUUUUGGGUUCUGUGACUCCAGGAAAUGUGUUCCGUGGUCAGUCUAACCUAUAAAUAUAAAUCUGUAAAUAUGUUAAAAAUCCGUUACGGUCUUGUAAAAACCUUAAAUUUUAAAUAUUGCACUAAUAACAAAGGUAAAAGCAACACGUACGGUCACACCGUGCUUUUACCGAAGACCAAAUUGCCUUUGAGGUUAGAAGGCAAAAGGUUGAUCGAAAGGGAUAAAAAUAUCCACAAUACAACAGGAUUUGACGAUUUGUACAGCUGGCAAAGAAAACACUUAUCAGGAGCCGAGUUCGUUUUACACGACGGCCCCCCUUAUGCCAACGGUAAACUGCAUAUGGGCCACGCCAUUAACAAAAUUUUAAAGGACACCAUACUUCGUUACAAGGUAUUACAAGGAACAAAGGUCCAUUAUGUUCCUGGAUGGGACUGCCACGGGCUACCCAUCGAGUUGAAAGCAUUGUCAGGGUUGGAUAACCUUAACCCUGUAGAAAUUAGAGAAAAAGCAAGAAAUUUCGCCAAAACGACUGUGGAGGAGCAAAAAUCCGUGUUCAAGUCUUGGGGGAUUUUAGGUGACUGGGACAAUGCCUAUACAACGUACAGUGUCGAUUACGUAGCGAAUCAGUUUCGACAGUUUUUUAAAUUGUACGAAAAGGGGCUCGUUUACAGGGCCAUCAAACCCAUUCACUGGUCGCCAUCUUCUGGAACGGCUUUGGCAGAAGCCGAGCUCGAAUAUAACGACUCGCACAAAAGCCCCAGCGCUUACGUCAGGUUAGAAGUUAAAGAUAUACCCAAGGUGCCCAAUUUUCACGGUAAAAGGGUUUACGCUGUAGUUUGGACCACGACCCCAUGGACAUUGCCUUCAAACCAGGCCGUCUGUUACAACAGCGGCUUAUCCUAUUGCGUGGUUAAAAAACCCGAUCCGUUUGACACCGACCUGUAUAUCAUAGCGACAGAUUUACUCGAGAGUUUCUGCAAGGAGACCAACUGUAAUUUCUUGCUAUUGGGGGUGCACUCGGGGGAUAUGCUAGCUGGCGCUAGCUACGUCCAUCCCGUCUACAAAGAAAAAGUCUGCAAUUUUUAUCAUUCGUCUCACGCGACCGCUACCAAAGGCACCGGAUUGGUGCAUACUUCCCCGGCCCACGGGCCGGAUGAUUUCCUGAUCGCUCUGAGCAAUAAAAUACCCAUUAUUGACCUGGUUGAUGACGACGGUUGUUUCAAAAAAGAAGCGGGUAAGGAGUUUGAGGGGAAAUUCGUGUUAUCAGAGGGUAACGAGGCUGUCGUUCGGGCUAUCAGGGAGGAUUUGAUUCACCUAUCCCAGCUAAGACAUAGUUAUCCUUACGACUGGAGGACGAAAAAGCCGAUUAUUAUCAAAGCCAGCAAGCAGUGGUUUGUCGAUACGGAAUCGGUGAAACGAAGGGCUUUGGAACUUUUGGAGAAGGUCGAGAUAGCGCCUCAAGACAAGAGCGAAGCUUACAAGAAAACUUUAACUAGCGAAUUGCAAAAGAGGCCUUACUGGUGUAUAUCUCGACAGAGGAAGUGGGGGGUACCUAUACCCGUGUUUUAUCAUCGAAAAUCUGAAAAUGUAAUCAUUAACGAAUCCACAAUUAGCCACAUAUGCGACCUACUUCACAAAAACGGCACCGAUUUCUGGUGGACCUUGAAAGUCGACCAGCUCCUACCCGACGACAUCAAAAGAGAGUUUGACACAACCGAAAUCGAUCGAGGUCAGGAUAUCCUCGACAUUUGGUUCGACAGCGGCGUCUCGUGGUCCAAGGUUCUCGCCGACGACCAAGUAGCUGAUUUGUAUCUCGAAGGCGUGGACCAAUUCAACGGUUGGUUCCAAUCCUCACUCGUGACGUCGGUCGGUUUGAGGGAUAGAGCGCCUUACAAGGCGUUACUAGUUCACGGUUUUGCCGUCGAUAAGAACGGCAACAAAAUGUCCAAAUCGCUGGGUAAUGUCGUGGACCCGGUGGUCGUGCAGAGCGGAGGAUCCAAACCUUACGGAAUCGACACCAUGAGGUGGUGGGUCGCUUGUCACGCCAACCAGGUGGCGCUCGCCCAGAUAAGCGAUAACGUGUUGGACCGGUCUAAGGAGGAGUUGCAGAAGAUCCGGAGCGUGCUGCGGUUCGCAUUAGGCGCCCUCUACGACUAUCACUACGACGAGAAGGACUUCGAGCAUCUGUGGUUCACCGAUCGCUAUAUGAUGCACGUGUUGUAUCAGUUUCAUCAGAAGUGCCAGAAAGACAUAGAAAGCUACAACUUUAACAAAAUCAAUACCUCGCUGCUCCACCUACUCACCAACCCCGUCUCCGCCCUCUACUACACCGCGAUCAAAGACAGGCUGUACUGCGAGCCGUCGACGAGCCUCGAGCGUAGAUCCGUCCAGUAUACCCUCAUCCAUAUUUUCUACACCGUCGCCAGCAGCAUCGCCGGAAUCGUACCCCACCUUGCCGAGGAACUUUACAGCUACUUGCCUCAAAAAGGGGGCGGUACCUUUUUUACCGAUCAGCGGUUGCAGGCGCGGUCUUGUUGGGAAGAUCUAGAGGUUGCCAGGGCGAUGGAGCUGUUGCUAGACGUCCGAAAAGAGAUUAACAGAGAGUGUGGGGCAGCGACUCUGGACAGGGCGGUAUCUUUGCAGCUUUCAGGGGACGACUAUCGACUGUUGACGGGUUGCGGCAGCGUGGAGCAGCUGCAACGAGAGUUGGUCGACGUUUUUCAAAUAUCAGAAGUGGGAUUGAGUGAAAAUUUCGAUCUGACCGGACGGUUUAGGUUGGAAAUCGGUGCAAGCGGGAAGUUCGGGUGUCCAAGAUGUCGACGGGUGAAGUCCUCGGUGGAAAACGAUCCAUGUCAGAGGUGUCGAAACGUCGUGCACAUGUUGGAUGUAAAUAAAACCGUGUUGGUGAAUUAGAUGCGAAAAUUCUGGGAUUAUCGGUUGCGAUUAUUUAUGAAAUAGUGGACGUUAUUUUUAGGCGCACGAUGAUGAAUGGCUACCAUAAAUAACGGGUCGGAUGUUUUUUUUUUUCUUUAAUUUACGACGGGGUCUUUCCGAAAUUGAUGCCCGUACGAUUUGUUGUAUCACUUUUCUUGAUAGAGGAGUGGGAUUAGUUCGUGGGAUUGCGCGUCGACGCCAACCCGUUGUAAACAAGUAAUAAAAAAAAUGCAAUGAAAACUUUUAUAUCGCGCAGGGAGCUUUAUCUUGGCAGAGAUAAACGACUUUUGUUCGAUGUUCUGAACGUUCACAGUACAAAGUUCUCCAAAAUUUACGCCGUCACUGUUUUUUUUUUCCGCAAAAUUUUAUCUUAAUUUCAAGGAACAGUCCUUAUUUCAAUAUCAAUUUGUUAUUAAUAAGAAUUCGUUUUCCAGAAUAGUUUGAUUUUUCCCAGAACGAAGAAAUUUUUUCAAAUUAGUACACAGAAACUAUAUUUUGUCGCCACUUUAAAUUAAAAAGAAUGCUUGUACUAAAACAUGAACUUAACUGUGGCGGAGAUAACCGUGCCAAAUUCCAAAUAAUAUCUUUUAUUUUAAGGAUAACAGUUCCAAAGAAAUUCAGCGUAAACAAGAGGCAGUAAAUGUAAAUUUAUAUGAAGGGCAUUUAAUUGUUAAAUCACUGAUUUUACUCAAAUUUAAUAAAUAAUGGCCCAUCAAAAAUUUCUCUUUGUGUACUCUAACUGGAUACGUCUAUUUCGUUGCAUUAUAUGCGCGCGAGAUUUAAAGAUAACCCGUUUUAUUUACCGAAAACUUAAGAUCAGACAGCUAUUAAUAAUUUUGACCCUUAUAACAUUUACUUCUUAGAAAUUGAAGACAACACUUUUUAUUUUGUCCUUGUACUAUUUCUUGCCGUCAGGCGUAUCGAUUCAUCUGUUUUUAGUUCAUUCAAACUUGCUCAUUUCGGUUGACACGAAAAUUAUAUUUUAUCCUUACGUUAUGAUCACUUUGAAUUAAAGAUAAUGCUGCUACUAAAGCGUUAACCCAAACUGCAGUUUAACUGUUACCAAGACAACGGUUCCAAUGGCCCCAAAAUUUAAAAUUUUUUAAUUUUAUAGACGUUACGAAAUAAAUUUUACUGCUGGUUAUCGACGACACCGAGAAAACAAGCGGAAAGUAGAACCUGCAAAUUUAAAUUUAUGUCCAAGCUAUUUUUGAGGCAUGUUUCAAACCAUGUAGUUUACUCAAAUGCAAUUAAAGAUAGCCAAUUUUAUUUUCUCGAAUUUAUGCAAAAGUAUGUUUUUU